AUCGAGACCAUGGGGGUGGACUUUGAUGUGAAGACGUUCUGCCACAACUUGCGGGCGACCAAGCCGCCGUAUGAAUGCCCUGUGGGCACCUGCCGCAAGAUCUACAAGAGCUACAGCGGCAUUGAGUACCACCUGUACCACUACGACCAUGACAACCCGCCACCCCCGCAGAGCACCCCUCUGCGCAAGCACAAGAAGAAAGGCAGGCAGGGCCGCACCGCCAACAAGCAGUCACCCAGCCCCUCGGAGACCUCCCAGUCUCCGGGCCGCGAGGUCAUGACCUACGCGCAAGCGCAGCGGAUGGUGGAGGUGGACCUGCACGGCCGCGUGCACCGCAUCAGCAUCUUCGACAACCUGGACGUGGUGUCGGAAGAUGAUGAGGCCCCUGAGGAGGCCCCCGAGAACAACAGCAAUAAAGAGAACACAGAAACCCCCUCCGUGGCCCCCAAAGCCGGCAAGCACAAGAACAAGGAGAAACGCAAGGACUCCAAUCACCACCACCACAGUGCCUCGGCUGGCAACACCCCCAAACUGCCAGAGGCUGUGUACCGCGAGCUGGACCAGGACACACCCGACGCGCCCCCUCGGCCCAGUUCUUACUACAGGUACAUCGAGAAGUCAGCUGAGGAGCUGGACGAGGAGGUGGAGUACGACAUGGAUGAGGAAGAUUACAUCUGGCUGGACAUCAUGAACGAGCGCCGGAAGACGGAAGGCGUGGCCCACAUCCCCCAGGAGGUCUUCGAGUACCUGAUGGACCGGCUGGAGAAGGAGUCCUACUUCGAGAGCCACAACAAGGGUGACCCCAACGUGCUGGUGGACGAGGACGCCGUCUGCUGCAUCUGCAACGAUGGGGAGUGCCAGAACAGCAACGUCAUCCUCUUCUGCGACAUGUGCAACCUGGCCGUGCACCAGGAGUGCUACGGCGUCCCCUACAUCCCUGAGGGCCAGUGGCUGUGCCGCCGCUGCCUGCAGUCCCCUUCCAGGGCCGUGGACUGCGCCCUGUGCCCGAACAAAGGGGGCGCUUUUAAACAGACGGACGACGGGCGCUGGGCCCACGUGGUGUGCGCCCUCUGGAUCCCGGAGGUGUGCUUCGCCAACACGGUCUUCCUGGAGCCCAUCGACAGCAUCGAGCACAUCCCCCCGGCCCGCUGGAAGCUCACCUGCUACAUCUGCAAGCAGCGGGGCUCCGGGGCCUGCAUCCAGUGCCACAAGGCGAACUGCUACACGGCCUUCCACGUCACCUGCGCCCAGCAGGCCGGGCUGUACAUGAAGAUGGAGCCCGUCCGGGAGACGGGGGCCAACGGCACCUCCUUCAGUGUCCGCAAGACCGCCUACUGCGACAUCCACACGCCGCCGGGCUCCAUGCGGCGCCUGCCUGCCCUCUCGCACAGCGAAGGGGAGGAGGAAGAGGAGGAGGAGGAGGAAGAUGGGAAGGGCUGGAGCUCCGAGAAGGUGAAGAAGGCCAAGGCCAAGUCCCGGAUCAAAAUGAAGAAGGCGAGGAAGAUCCUGGCGGAGAAGAGAGCAGCCGCUCCUGUGGUGUCGGUACCCUGCAUCCCUCCCCACCGGCUCAGCAAGAUCACCAACCGCUUGACCAUCCAGAGGAAGAGCCAGUUCAUGCAGCGGCUGCACAGCUACUGGACCCUGAAGCGGCAGUCCCGCAAUGGGGUGCCCUUGCUGCGCCGGCUCCAGACACACCUCCAGUCGCACAGGAACUGCGAGCAAGGGAGGGCCGCCCCUCCCCCUCCCGUGUCCAAGACGGAGCAGCGAGACAACACAGAGGAUAAGAACUGGGCCCUGAAAGAGCAGCUGAAAUCCUGGCAGCGCCUCCGCCACGAUCUGGAACGAGCGCGCUUGCUGGUGGAGUUAAUCCGCAAGCGGGAGAAGCUCAAGAGAGAGACGAUCAAAAUCCAGCAAGUGGCGCUCGAGAUGCAGCUGACCCCCUUCCUCAUCCUCCUGCGCCGGACCCUCGAGCAGCUCCAGGAGAAGGACACGGGCAACAUCUUCAGCCAGCCGGUCCCGCUGUCUGAGGUCCCCGACUACCUGGACCACAUCAAGAAGCCGAUGGACUUCUACACCAUGAAACAGAAGCUGGAGGGCUACCGCUACCUGAACCUCGACGAGUUCGAGGAGGACUUCAACCUGAUUGUCACCAACUGCUUGAAGUACAACGCCAAAGACACCAUCUUCUACCGGGCAGCCGUCCGGUUGCGGGAGCAAGGCGGGGCUGUGCUGCGCCAGGCCCGCCGGCAAGCUGAGAAGAUGGGCAUCGACUUCGAAACUGGCAUGCACUUCCCCAUGCCCGGGGAGGAGGCGCCUCCACGGGGCACUGAGAACGAUGAGGAGCGGCUGCUGUUGUCCGAGAACCAGAAGCACUUGCCCCUGGAAGACCAGCUGAACCUCCUCCUGGAGCGUCUGUCUGAGGUGAGCGCCGGGAAGCAGAGCGUAGGCCGCUGUCGGCGGGCCAAGAUGAUCAAGAAGGAGAUCACGGCGUUGCGGCGCAAGCUGGCGCAUCAGCGGGAGACGGGGAGAGACGGGCACGGCCCCUUGACUCGCAUCAUCCUGCCGAGCCGUAAUCCGUGCGAGAAGGACACUCAGACUGACAGUGCGGCGGAGAGCAGCAGCCAGGAAACGGGCAAAGGCCUCGGCCCCAACUCCUCUUCCACCCCAGCGCAUGAAGUUGGCCGGAGGACGUCGGUGCUCUUCUCCAAGAAGAACCCCAAAACGGCCGGGCCCCCAAAGCGCCCCGGGCGGCCGCCCAAAAACCGGGACAGCCAGCUGGCUCCGGGCCACGGGAACAGCCCUGUGGGGCCCCCUCAGCUACCCAUCAUGGGGGGUUCCCAACGUCAGCGCAAGAGGGUGAGGAGCCCGCGACCCAGCUCCAGCUCGGAUAGCGACAGCGACAAGUCAACGGAGGACACCCCGAUUGAUUUGGCAGCCAACGGCUUCAGCAGUGGCAAUCAGCGCGAGAGCUUCCUCGUCUACCGCAGCGACUACAACCUCCCGCGCAGCAGCUCCGAUUCGGAGUCCAGCAGCACCAGCAGUAGCAGCGCUGCCUCCGACCGCACCAGCACAACUCCCUCCAAACAAGGCAGGGGGAAGCCUUCUUUCUCUCGGGUGAACUUCCCAGAGGACAGCAGCGAAGACACGUCAGGAACGGAAAACGAGUCCUACUCUGUGGGAACGGGCCGAGGCGUGGGCCAUGGCAGUGAGUAUCUUGGGCUGCCUUCCCCCCCCCCCCCUGCUUCCCUCCCUAAACAUACACCGGCAGGAAGGACAGCAGUGACCCCUGCCCCGCUCUCGUUGUGUCUCUGUGCAGUGGUACGGAAGAGCAUUAGCCGAUCGGCUGGCUGGCUGUCUGAAGACGAAGACUCCCCUCUGGAUGCCCUGGACCUGGUGUGGGCCAAAUGCCGGGGUUACCCAUCGUAUCCAGCCCUGAUCAUUGACCCUAAGAUGCCCCGGGAAGGGAUGUUCCACCACGGUGUCCCCAUCCCCGUACCCCCCUUAGAAGUGCUGAAGCUGGGCGAGCAGAUGACGCAGGAAGCAAGGGAACAUCUCUACCUGGUCCUCUUCUUUGAUAACAAGCGCACCUGGCAGUGGUUGCCCCGCACCAAACUCGUGCCCCUAGGCGUGAACCAGGACCUGGACAAGGAGAAGAUGCUGGAAGGGCGCAAGUCCAACAUCCGCAAGUCCGUCCAGAUCGCCUACCACCGCGCCAUGCAGCACCGCAACAAAGUGCAAGGAGAGCAGAGCAGCGACUCCAGCGAGAGCGACUGACCCUUCGCGGGGCUCCCUGGGUCUGGGGCGCUCACUUGGUGCAGCUGGCCUGUACGGGAGAGGGGAGCGGGGAGCUCCAGCCUUGAGAAGCCCAGGCCCUCGGCCAGGCCGCGGGGACGAGUGCAGAGCACCCGGCGGCCCCUCCAGUGUGCUGGGCGCACCCGCAGAACACUGUGCCCUCCGCCCAGGCAAGCCUACCUCUGGUGCCAGCCCGCCAGCCCUUGUUCUAUGCCAGGAAUUGCCCUGACCGGCUGCGUAAGCAACACCCUGCUGCCUGUAUAGCUCCCAAGGACAAUACCCCACUGCCUGGGCCCUCCUCGGGCUCUAGGCCUUUUGUAAAAUACUGUACGAUAGCGG